UUUAACUUAAAAGAAGCUUGUGACUGUCAGAAAACGAUGGAGAUCGCGAAAGGAGGACAAAGUUACCUCAUACUGUUGGUUUUAAUGAACCUAGCUGCUGUUGGACGUGUUUUAUCGCAAGAAGACGUGUCAGUAGGGGGAGGGGCGGUGUCGUCAUCAGCGGGUUGGGAGGAGGAAAAUGGAACCGGCGCAGCGCCGACAACUUUUAAAGUCGAGGGGAAGGCGAUGGUACCCGGGCUCAAGACACUGGAGUGGAUAGGAGACGCCAAGAUCAUCGUAGACCACGGGGCAUAUCUUGGGUUCUUCAGGAUGGACGGUAGUUUUUCCCUGUACGUGCCAUCAGGGUCCUUUGUGGUGGAGGUGGUCAGCCCAACCUGGGCUUUUGAACCGGCAAGAGUGGACGUCACUGCCAAGGGCAAGAUCAGGGCCAGGAAGGUCAACCUGCUCCAGAUCCAGAAGAACGACCCCCUGCCGUACCCCCUGCGCUUCAAGUCCAAGGGCAGAAUCAACUACUUUGAGAGAAGAGAACAGUGGAGGAUAACAGACUUUCUCUUCAACCAUAUGGUGAUCAUGAUGGUCCUCCCACUGGUUCUCCUCCUCAUCCUGCCUAAGAUGAUUAACACCAAUGACCCGGAGAUGCAGAGGGAGAUGCAGCAGUCAAUGAACAUGCUGUCCCCCAACAAGGAUCUACCAGACAUGUCAGAGUUCUUCACUAAGAUGUUUGGUGGUGGUGAAACCAAGAAAACAACAACAAGUAGAAAAGUAAAAAGAAGACAAUGAGAAAGCCCGAGUUAACCUGUAGUAUUCUAAGGGUAUCAAACAACAUCAAAGUAGGAGUACUGAGGGGUUAAUGACUGCUAGUGAAGUUGCAUGGGUUUAGAGGACAGGUUAUUUCAGGAUCAGAAUUUUACCUUAUUGCUAGCGAGUAAAUCUGUCAUGGGGUAAAAUUGACUUGGCCCUUUCCAACCUUUAGCGCCAUGUGAAAUCUGUUAUCAGGAACACCAGUUUUGGGUAAAACUAGGGUCAGGUUUAACAUUUCUUAUGUAAUAACGUUUUACUUAUUACCAUUUCUUAUGUUUUACCACCUGACUCCCUUUACCCAGUUCACACACGUUCCUGCCAGAUUGUGCUCUCACUAGGGCAGUUUUGGCAUUGGCACUGGGGUUUGGAAAGGGGUCUAAAUUUUAAAGUCAGCUCAUGAUCCCAUGCUGCUAUAUCUUCAAGUGUAGACUUCUGGUGUUAUGUAAAAAAUGUGAAAGGUCAAUGAUAAUUUGUACAAGCUUGCAUUCACUUUGCUGUAAACACUUUUUGGAUUGAAAUUUAAAAAAAAAGGUGUUUUGAAAUGUGACAAAUACACAGGAUGUCUCUCCUGUAACAGGAUUCUGAUUCAUAUGUGAAGAAUUACUACUCAGAUUUAGCAUACUGUAAAAUGAUUCUGAAUAGGUCUGGGACAAAAUCUCAAUCACAUAGAGUUGAGAAUUCCAUUCUGUAUCUGCAUGUGAUACAGACAUAGAACAAAUGUAACAUUGUGUAAGAGGUAAUGUUAUUUAUUCAGCAUGUUUACCUUCAUUGCUGUGGUGUUUCAAAUAAAAGCUUGUGUUGAUUUCUGAACAAGGAAA